AUGACAGUCAGCGAAACCGACAAGAUUCUCAUCGUCGGCGCAGGUUGCUUCGGGAUCUCUACCGCCUACCAUCUCCUCAAACGUGGCUUUACGGAUGUGACAAUUCUUGACCGCUCUGAGGUCCAUCCUGCACCUGACGCUGCGAGUACCGAUUUAAAUAAGAUCGUCCGGACCUCAUACUCGGAUAACUUCUAUACACGCUUCGCCCAGGAUGCUGUUCGUCUAUGGAAUGGGGCGAUACGUACCACGAGUGAAUCCGGUGUUCUCGUGCUCGGCUCUAAAGAAGCACCAUACGGCGCGAAAUCAUACGAGAACGACAUCGCAGCGGGUGUCCGUGUCACGAAACUAGACACGGGCGCGACGAUCUCUUCGGUAUUACCUCCUAACAUCAAAUCUGGUUCGCUCGAUAAUCUCGCGGGGUACCUCAACCAUGAUGGUGGUUGGGCUUAUGCUUCUCAGGGCAUCUCGCUCAUGACCGAGAGGGUGAAAGAGAUGGGUGGAAAGCUGCUCACGGGAAAGGCUGCGCAUAAGCUUUUACGAAGAGAAGAGGACGGACGGACCUUGGGGGUAGAGUGCAAGGAUGGGACGAGAUUCGAGGCUGCUUUGACAGUUUUGGCUACUGGUUCUUGGACGGCGUCAACUUUCGCAGAGUUCGACCUCGGUCACUGUUUGGCCACGGGGCAAAGUAUCACGACCGUUCAACUCACUUUAGAAGAAGCCGAUCGUUACCGUUUAUGCCCUGUGGUUGUGGACUUCACCUCAGGUUUCUACAUUUUCCCUCCCAACAAAGACGGCACCAUCAAGCUCGGCAUCCAUGCGGCGGGUUACACCAGUUACGCAUCCUCAGACACACAGAAAGCAAUCUCAACACCCAGGACUAUUUUAUCGCACGGGGAGCAGGGCCUCCGCAUACCACAGACGAUGGUCAAAACCCUUCGCACAAAACUCCGUGAACUUUAUCCUGAGUUAGCAGAGAAGCCCUUCGUACAUACCAGACUUUGUUGGUAUACUGACACACCCGACGCUCAUUGGAUGAUUGGAGCACACCCUUCGGAUCCUGCUCUUGUUUUUGCAACCGCUGGAAGCGGUCAUGCGUACAAGUUCCUUCCAAACAUUGGAACACUUGUAGCCGAUGCAAUCCAGGGUACGCUUGACGAGGAUCUGGCCAAGAAGUUCUCGCCGUUCCGCGAGCCCGAUGGCUUUGACCUUUCGCGCGGCCCAGAGGGGGCCAAAGAGCUUAGAGACGAAGAGCUUUGCUUGCCAGAAGACCUCUUGCCAUGA